AUGCUGGGUCAGGAGGAGCCCGAGCAGACAUCCAUCCACAUUGGGAACCUGCCGCCUCAGGCGCGGCCCCAGGACCUUUACUCCUUCUUUAGCACCUUCGGCGAAAUCAAGGCUAUCGAAAUCCCCAGCGACACCUCGGGACGGCCGCGGGGCUUCGGGUUCGUCCAAUUUGAAGAGCAGCAGGAUGCGAUGAGCGCGAUCGACAACUAUGACCGGACUGAGUUCAUGGGGAAGACGGUUAGGGUGCGGCGAGCGAGGCCAUUGGAGGCGCGUUACGCGCACAACAAGGCAGUGUGGCACAGCGAGGAGUGGCUGCAGGCCAACCAGCGGGGGCUGGUGGGGAAGAUGGCCCCCUACCUUCCGAAGCUGCACUAUCUGGGCAAGCAGCUGCGCUAUCUGGAGUCGCACUUCAACACUCAGGAAAAGGUUGAGGAGUAUGGUGAAGCCCUCGGAAGCCUGCUCUAG